AUGGCGGCGUUGAAGCGAAUCCACAAAGAGUUGGAAGCGCUGCGCAAAGACCCGCCGCCGCGGUGUACGGCCGGACCCGUUGGCGACGACCCGUUCUCGUGGAGGGGCUCUAUAGAGGGUCCGCCCGACUCGCCAUACGAGGGCGGAGUGUUUGAGUUGACCAUCAAAUUCCCGCGCGAUUACCCCUUCAAACCGCCGCACAUUCGGCUCAAGACUCGCAUAUAUCACCCGAACAUCACUCCCGACGGACUCAUAUGUCUGGACACUCUGAAGAAGCAGUGGAGUUGUGCCCUCACUAUCACCAAAGUGUUGCUCUCUAUUCAGCAGCUCUUCUCCGACCCGAACCCGGAGGACCCACUCGUGCCCGACAUCGCCAACCAAUUCAAGACAAACCGACCGAAGUUUGAUUCAAUGGCCAAACUAUGGACACAAAAGUACGCCAAACCCGGCGUUGAGCCCAACAGCUCCUCCUCUGUGGCCGACGACAGUCAAAGUGAGAGCUCUGGCAGUGAAAGCGAUGGCCAGUAA